AUGACAACAUCAGGCGCCGCGAUUGAUUACUACUCAUAUAAGGUCCCGCAGCUCAAGGAACUUUGCAAAGAGCGCGGGUUGUCUGGCUUCUGGACUCUCAACAAAGCCGCGAUCAUUCAGAAACUUCGAGACGCUGAGGCAGCCGCUGAACCCUUCUCGAAAGUCCCGAAGGUUGGCAACGCGAAUCGUCGGGCCCCACAGCACGACACUGCAGCAUCAUCGUCCGGCGCUCAGAGGAAGCACAAGGGGGCCGCAGCAACUACAGGUAACGCCCACACACCUAGCACAACGCUUACGGACGCGCAUACAUCCACACUCCAUGGGCCGGAUGGUGCAAGGUCGAGCGAGGGAGCGAACAACUCCAGCAUUGCAACUUCUGUAUCUCUCCCUGGCCCUACGACGCUUACACUCACCCUGAUGCCCUCGCACAUCGCUCAUGCUGGCGGUUCCUCUGGCUUUACUGGCACCUUUCUGGAUGGCGCUACUGUCUUGACUGCUACAGCAACGUCAAUCACUGAUCCACCAAAUGUUUCAGAAGGUCUAGAGUCCUCGCGGACUGAAGGCGUCUCAGCAGGGGCUCCGUCAAUCUCAGGUGCUCCGCGAGCUGCCGAGAGGAAACCUCGUAAACGACCUUUGGACCAGUCUGUUAAUAAACCUGCUACGUUGCAUAAGAAGAAGAAAAUCGACACUAAUCAAUCUCGAUCCCCGGCGACAUCGGCGAUUCACAACCAGCCAGUCGAUAGCAUGCCCCCAACUGACUCGCGCCAGGGUAUCGAUCCGCCCCCGAUUGCUGCGUCUGCCGCAAUCAUCCAGUGUCUACCGUCCAUGGUUCGCCGGCCUGCUGAACGCGUGAGGUAUUUCAAGGUUCCAGAGUUACCAAACAAAGUCACCAUCGGUGAUAGGGCCGUUGCUGUCAAUGUUGGUUCUUCCACGACUCCUGCUUCUGCUCGUGCCCCAGCCCCAGCCCCAGCUCCCGUACCUGCUCAUCCUCCAGCUCCAGAGCCAGCACCAGCAUCUGCCCGCGCUCCUGCUGCUGCUGCUGCUCGCGCGCGUACUCCCGCUCGUGCUCCCGCGCCUGCUUCUGCACUGGUUCCGGCUUCGAAUCUGACAUCUGCAUCGGUCACCAAACCACUCGAAUCCGGAUCAGCCAAGACGGCUUCAUGGCGGCGGUUCAAGCCGAUAGUUCCGAAACGGCCAGGUCCCGGCUUGGAACUGACUGCUGGCAACUAUGUCGCUACCCAGCAGAAUCGUGUACCUUCUACCAUCUUAAAUCUGAGUUACCCCGAUCUUCCUCCAGCACCACCGCCGCCGGCACUCGUCAAUAUUACGCUACCGCCGAAGCUUGCUCAACGCAGGUCGAUCGAUCGGUGGUCUAUUAUCCUCAGCGGCCUCUCCGACACAGAGAGGGCGAAGUGCACGCAUGUCUCGAGGGUGUUUCGAUACGCAGUAUACCUGUCUGCAGUCGCCAUCCUCGAGCGCGAGUGCGCGGGGAGACGGCUCGCUAGCGUCGCGGCAUGCUGCCAGCGGAGCCGGACCAAUAUGUGGCCGUACCUGCGCCAACGUCGCAGAGAGGCCGCGGCUGCGAGAGCCGUCUUUGAUAACUCGUUCUUGGGCACGAACGUGUUUAAGGGUGGGCGACCCAUCGCAAAGAGGCUCUGGACGAGCCCGGAUUACGAGAGGCAGGCCAGCGUCGCGCUUCGUUUCGUGUUGUCGAGAGUGUGGUUUCAUAUUUGCAUCGGCGAAUGGGGAGGCGAUGAAGAUGCAGCCCAAGCUAUGAGGCCGUGGAUGGACGAAAUGGUUGUGGACGUUCAGCCCGUCGUGAAGGGCGCGGUAUGGUCCGUGACCGUCCUGCUGAAGAAGACGGGGGAGACGAGGACCUGUUACGUCCUCGAGGCUACUGCAGAACUAAUCGGGCGACCCGAAGAUCCUUAUCCGCAGCAAGACUCGCAGUUUCCGGUGCGGGAGGAUUGGUUUGCUUACGUCCAGGAGAUGCUGCGGGACCUGCCAGAGGAAGGAGAGAGGCCGCGAGCGGCGCUCUUGGACCGAUUGGCGUGGCAACACACGGCGGAAUACGACAGAGGCGUGAGCCGGUUGUGGCUCGUGCGCGUGGGUCGGGAAGGCGCCGUUGGCGAGGCGAAGAGGCAGGUCGCGGAGCGGUAUAUCCUCGCCAGCGUCGUUGGGAACGGGUACGUCAAUUUCCUGGCCAUAUAUCGUCUCAUCAGGGCUGACUCGGAUUCGCUGCACUCGCUGGAAAAAAGAUUGAGCGGAAGGUGGAUGUCGAACAUCGAGAUGGCGCAGGAGUCCGCGUCUUUGUCCUCCGCUGCGGCUUUGAAACAUUCGCGUGCAAAGGUCAUGCCAAGGGUCAACCUGUUUCUCCCCGCGCAGCAUCACGUUGAAUCCGUGCAUUUCACCGCUUCGCGCGGUGGUGGGAAUCUGCACCCAGCCCUCGCGGUGGUGCAGGCGAUGGCGAGGGAAGUAUUCGUACUCAGGGACAACGGAAUGACCGUGGGGUGCGAGGGCGCCGAGGGGGAGGGGGAGGAGGGCGUCGCGCGCAUAUGGAGGGCGGUGUUGGGGUGUGAUUCGAGAGGGCUCGCGAUUUGA